AUGGAUCUGGAAGAUUCGGUUGCUAUCGGAGAGAAGGAGGUUGCAAGAAAGAAUGUCAUCCAAGCUCUGAAGGAAGUCGACUUCGGCAGCAAGACCGUUGCUGUGAGAAUCAACGGCUUGUACAGUCACCACAUGUACCGCGAUGUCGUUGACAUCAUCGAGCAGGCGGGCGAGCGAUGCGACAUGUUUGUCAUCCCGAUGGUUGGCAAUGGAAAGGACGUUUACAUGGCAGACUCCUUAGUCAGCCAGGUCGAGGAGUUCAUGGGCCGCAAGAAGAAAAUCGGAUUUGGGCUUAUCAUUGAAGCCACCCUGGGUAUGAUGAACAUUCAUGAGAUUGCUGCAGCUUCCAAGCGGAACGAGUCCCUCCACUUUGGCGUGGCGGACUAUGCAGCAUCCACCAAGUCGCGAACCACAAACAUUGGCGGACCGAACAAGCUCUACGGGGUGCUGACAGACAAGGACGGCGACAAGGCCCGAGACUUCUUUUGGGGGGACCCCUGGCACUACGCCAUGUCGAGGAUUGUGGUGGCAGCACGUGCCAACGGCCUUCGGCCCGUUGAUGGGCCGUUCGGCGACAUCGCGGACCCCGACGGCUACAAGGCUCAAUGCCAACGUGGAGCUGCCCUGGGCAUGGAGGGAAAAUGGGCGAUUCAUCCCAGCCAGGUGGCUCUGGCGAAUGAGGUUUUCAGCCCUGGGGAAGCUGAAGUGAAGCAAGCCAGACGUGUUCUGGAAGCGAUGGAGAAGGCCCAGAAGGAGGGUCUUGGCGCUGUUUCCUUGGACGGCAAGCUGGUGGACAUCGCCUCCAUUAAGCAGGCCGACGCAAUUGUGAAGAAGGCGGAGGCUAUCGAAGCCAUGUGA